CUGGUUUUCAUUGCCGGUUCAAUAGAGAUCAUCUCUGUAGAAGCUUCUUGCUGUAAAUUGAAGACAGGAGAUCUCGCUAACAACCAGGAUUAUGCGAAAAAUCCAUAAGAUCACGUCUCUUCUUUCACUAGGGUUCGCUCGCCGAGCUACUACGUUGCAGAACAAUGUCUGUCGUUCAUUCUGUGAUCAGUCCCAUUCAACUUCUCCUAGACGCCCAGGACCCUUAAUCCAGUACAGGCAACUUGUAGAUCAAGGGAAGUUACAGCAUGACCCGUAUCAGGAAAACGUAGCUAUUGAUUUGGAAAAUCUUCUUGGAAGAUUGGAGCAGUAUGGGAAGGAUAUGGAAGAGUAUCAUGCUAAAUUAGAAAAAUGGGAGGAGGCAAGGGAGAAUGAGAGGCGCAGGCUAUUGAUGGAGGAGGCUAAAGUUAAACAACAAGAGGGAAUAUGGGCAUCAAUAAAGAAGAAUCGGGGUAGACUUAUAGAUAGAUUGGUCUCAAGGGGGAAAUCAUUCGGUAUAGAACCUGGAGUAGGUAGAUGGGUAUCAUAUAUUAUUCGAGAGAAGAAGCUGGAUUCACUACUAGGCCGGCGUCCAACUGCUCCUCCAGCCCCCAAGGGACUUUACCUGUAUGGAAGUGUUGGAAGUGGCAAGACGAUGCUUAUGGAUAUGUUUUAUGGUGCCACCGAAGGAAUUAUUAAACAUAGAAGAAGGUUUCAUUUCCAUGAGGCUAUGCUGUCAAUACAUGAACAUAUGCAUAAGAUAUGGGAGAAUCAAAUGGAGGAGAAGACUCAGAAAUCAGGGAUUUCUAGUUGGAUCAUGAAUCUUCCCUUUGAUGCAAAAGUUAAGGAGUGGAUGGUUGCUGAAGAAAAAUAUAAAGAAGCAACUCAGAUGAAAAAUAUACUUCCAGAAGUUGCUGAUAAAUUUCUCAUUGAUCAUCAAGUACACAAAGGAGGUGCCAGCAUCUUAUGUUUCGAUGAGAUUCAGACAGUUGAUGUGUUUGCUAUUGUGGCCUUGUCUGGAAUUGUAAGCAGAUUGUUGAGCACUGGAACUGUUCUUGUGGCAACCAGUAAUCGUGCACCUAGUGACUUAAAUCAGGAUGGUAUGCAUUGGGAAAUCUUUUUCAAGCUUGUUUCCAAAUUGGAGGAACAUUGUGAAACUGUGCUGAUAGGAAGUGAGAUUGAUUAUCGUCGCCAUAUAGCAAAAACAUCUGGUGAAAAAGUUCGUUACUUUUGGCCACUUGAUAGCAUUGCUGUAAAGGAGUUUGAGAAUGCCUGGAAUGAGGUUGUCAUGCAAUCUGGAGGAGUUAUUACCAGGGAAACUAUUCCGGUGAUGUUUGGCAGAACUCUGGAAGUUCCACAAAGCUGUAAUGGAGUAGCAAGGUUCUCAUUCGAGUAUUUAUGUGGAAGACCGGUUGGAGCAGCAGAUUACAUUGCCAUAUCAAAAAAUUACCACACAGUAUUUAUCACCGACAUUCCUAUUAUGAGCAUGCGAAUUCGCGAUAAGGCACGAAGAUUCAUCACACUCAUUGAUGAGCUAUACAAUCAUCAUUGUUCCCUUUACUGUUCUGCAGCUGCGUCUAUUGAUGAACUAUUCCAGGGAACUGAAGAGGGAGCACUUUUUGAUCCGGAAAGUUUCCAGUUUGAGACCGAGACAGAAGGUGGAAAGCUUCGUAGAGAUGUUUUAGCAGUAGGUAACGUGAGUUCAAGUGGUGCACCUGCUGGUAUUAUCUCUAUGCUCUCAGGUCAAGAAGAGAUGUUUGCUUUCCGUAGAGCUGUCUCUCGCUUGAUUGAGAUGCAAACACAAUUGUAUAUCGAAGGUGUCAAAUGUCUUCAUCCCCAUUUUAAUACAAGGAAUUAUUCUCAUACAUUAGCAUCAUGGUCUCCGCAGACUGUAAUUUCAGCCAAGUAACUGUUCUGGUUUAACUGUUGUAUUAAAAAAACUCUUUGUAUAAAUGGGCUUUUGGAAGCACUUCUAUAUUUGGAUUUGAAUAAUAAAACAACAAUAAAGUGGUGUCAAGCUAAGUUGAAUUUUCCAGUGGUCAAUGUUUCAAUUGGCAAUUG